UCAUUUUUAGCUUGCAAGGGCUUCCUUUACUUCUGCUUUCUUCGCAGCUCUUCACAGUUCACACUUCACACUUCACCCUCUCCCUUUCCAUCUCUCUAUUUCUCUCUAAAGCCAUGGGAGAUAGCCAGUAUUCGUUUUCUCUCACCACUUUCAGUCCUUCUGGGAAGCUCGUUCAGAUCGAAUAUGCGUUAAUGGCCGUCGGUUCUGGCCAGACAUCUCUAGGGAUUAAAGCUGCCAAUGGUGUUGUUAUUGCGACAGAGAAGAAAUUACCAUCGAUCUUGGUAGAUGAAACAUCUGUUCAAAAGAUUCAGCUUUUGACCCCAAAUAUUGGAGUUGUAUACAGUGGCAUGGGUCCUGAUUUUCGAGUUCUGGUCCGGAAGAGUCGGAAGCAGGCACAACAAUAUUACAGACUAUACAAAGAACAGAUUCCGGUUACGCAACUUGUUAGAGAAACAGCAGCUGUUAUGCAGGAGUUCACUCAAUCUGGUGGUGUAAGGCCUUUUGGAGUUUCACUGCUUGUUGCUGGGUUUGAUGCCGAUGGUCCACAAUUAUAUCAGGUGGACCCAUCCGGGUCAUACUUUUCAUGGAAAGCUUCUGCGAUGGGGAAGAAUGUCUCAAAUGCUAAGUCAUUUCUUGAGAAGAGGUACACUGAUGAUAUGGAGCUUGAUGAUGCCGUGCAUACGGCGAUUUUGACACUAAAAGAAGGGUUUGAAGGACAGAUUUCAUCAAAGAACAUUGAGAUUGGGAUUAUUGGCACCGAUGGAAAUUUCAGAGUUUUGACUCCAUCUGAAAUCGACGAUUACUUGGGCGAAGUGGAAUAGCUGGGUUUUUUCCUACAUCCUUUAGCAUGUUGCUGAAAUUGCUUCCGGUGGCAUUCACAUGUUUUCCAACUUUAAUGUAAACUGCAAGGAGCUAAUUUUCUUAUUGUCUUAACCGUCGGUUCUGGUUUUUUAGCUGUGUUGGUAGGAAAUUAGUGAUUUCUUUUAUAGUUUAUAUUUA